AGUCCUCACCGUGCUCAGCCCGGGCGCUGCCGAACUCCGUGUGGCACCGGGCAGCAGCACAGACCCUGCAGCCAUGGACCCCAAGGACCGCAAGAAGAUCCAAUUCUCAGUGCCGGCACCCCCCAGCCAGCUGGACCCCCGCGCCGUGGAGAUGAUCCGCCGGCGGAGGCCCACACCUGCCAUGCUGUUCCAGCUCUCUGAGCACUCAUCCCCAGAGGACGAGUCCCUGCCCUACCAGCGAGCCUCCGGCGAGGGCUGCCUGCUGAAACCAAAGAGGACCAACCCGUGUGCCUACACACCGCCCUCGCUCAAAGCGGUGCAGCGCAUCGUGCAGUCCCACCUGGAGAGUGGCCUGGCUGGGGGGGACAGCUCUGACGGAGAGCCCGAUGACGGGGACCCCGAGCUGGCCCGCGCCUGCGACCCAGACAGCGCCCUCGAGCCUGCCCUAGGGAGCCAGGCCAGAGCCGAGCGGAGCGUCUUCCCUGCCACCAAGGCACACAAGAGGAAAGGGGGGCAGAAGGUGUCCUUUGCGGGAGGCAUCGCUGAGCGCAGUGAGGACCUGAAGGCUCUGACGGUGUCCGACAUCCCCGAAGACCCCGAGGACCCCGAGGUGGGCGAAGGCGACGAGGAGGAGCCGGAGGACGGCAGCGAGCACAGUGAGGAGCGGCGGCACGUGGGCCUGGCAGGCACGGAGCGCCGCCGCUCACCGGUCCCGCUGGGCACCAGCUAGCCGGGCCGCGGCCUGGCCGGGACCCCCGCGGCCUGCCCCACAUCACCGCCGCUUCGCCCGCAGCCCCGCUGCCCCCCGGCCCCGCUCGGAGCCUGCGCUUCGCGUGUGCCCCCGCAUGGCUCCCGGCCUGGUUGGCGGGACCGCGGCCCCACACUGCUCCCACACCGUGGGGGCCGGCAGUGAGGCUGCGGUCCCACGGCCGGGGCCCGCCCCGUGCCCCCCGCAUGCAGCAACGCCCGCGCUGCGCCCCAAUAAACAGCUGUACAGAG